AUAUAUCUAUAGAUAUAUAUAUAUAUAUGCAUCUUCUACCAGCUGGCAGUGGCGAAAUUUUGAGUGCGGCAAGGCGUGUGAAGUCAAAUCGAAUUAUAUAUACAUAUAAACAGAUCAAGCGAGAAGCCAAAAACAACGACGACAAACAAUGACGACACAACAAUUGCUCAAUAAGAAUGUUCGCACAAUGCCAUCAUGGGUGACCGAAGCCAGUCAGCGCAUUGGACCAAAACCACCGCCACUUCCCCCAAAUGCUCAAAAUGGCAGCAAUGGAACCAUUUUACCAAAGGCCCCAGCACUACCACCAAAGUCAAAGGACACACCAGAGCCAGAUUAUGAAGUAAUUGAGUUUUCAAAUCAACAGCAAUAUUCCAAUGAACCAAUGAAAACAACAAUAGUUAGAACCAAAACGCCAGACAACAAAUUGAAAUGCACAUUGUGCGGCUCUCAGAAUCCUUGGGUAACCUGUGAGGAGUGUGCUGGACAAAUAUUUUGUGCCUCAUGUGAUGACAUGUUCCACAAGCAUCCCAAGCGUAAGCAACAUAUCCGUAAGGCCGUUCAGCAGGCCACUCCACCGAUACCGCCAAAAGUACAAGGUGGACCCACUCCACCUGUAGCCCCUCCGCGACGCAGUAAACGUGGUUUACUCACACCAUUUCUUGGCCGCAAGGAUCAGAUGCUACCACCGCCCUCGCCGACUCCGUCGCAUAGGUCAACUAGCGCCUGGCGUGGUGGGGUUCAACCUCCGCUUCCUCCUCAUUCCUCGUCUUCAACAAUGAACAAUCGCCCUCUGCCCGAUCCUCCCAGAACACCAAUGAGUGAAGGUGGCGGCUCCUCAAGAUCAGAGACACCGAAAUCUGUAUUCGAUACCAUACAACGACCGCCAUCCGUGCAGCUGGAGAAGAUCAAGACAAAGGCUAGCGCCACGCUGGAUCGCAUGGCCAUACUUCAGCAGCGAUAUCGCCAGCAAAAGGCUCAACAGGAUCUAAGAGCCAGCGAACAGAACUUGUUUAAUGGCGUCAACUUUGAGCAUUGGUCAAACAUUUCACCAUCGCCCUCGCAUUUUCGUUCUGGCAGCAUGUCAUCUGGUUUGAAUUCAUCACAUUUUGAUCUAUCGGAUGAUUCUCAUCACAAUUUUCACAAUUCCCUACAACAACAAAUGUUACUACAACAACGACAGGCAGCUGGCAAUCAGCGUCGUCAGAUGAGCACUUCAGUCUUUAAUUUGAACACAACAAAUCGACGUCCACUCCAGGAAACACCACAAAAUGGUGCAAACAGUGCCGCCUGGUUGGCCAAUCAGCGAAUGCAACAGGCACAAUCGAUGGCCCAGUUAAAUUGUGCUGGUUGUCAGCAUCAACAACAGAAUCGUCAGAUGCAGCAUCCCGAUGAUUGGUCUCAAUUCGGAUCACAACAGCAGUUCAAUCACUCGAAUCUGUCCUUAAAUGUGGGUCCUGGCUAUUUAAAUCAACAACAUCCCUCUCACUAUCCACAUCCUCCGCCCGUUUUCAUGACACAAAGAGGUAUGAUGCCAAAUAUGUACCCAGGUCCUGGCUAUCCUCUUAUGCAUCCAGGUGUCAUGGGUAUGCCACCGCCACGUGCCUCUUCUAGGCCUCGUUAUGCAGCUUCUCCCACACCGAGUCGCAAAUCCCUUUCCAUGCGACGCAAACGCAGCAGUUAUGUGGAUGAUGAACUAACCGAUGAUGAAGAUUCCGAUCAGGAUGAUCGUCGCUCAUUGGUUUCAAAUCGUUCGGGAAUGACAAGUGCUUCACGUUCCCACCAUCAUCAUCAUCAGCAGCAACCUCCGCACCAUCAUCAACAGCGACAAAGACGUUUAUCCAGUGCCUCACAGCUAAUUAAUCAUAAUGAUGACAUUGAUGGCAAUCGACAUCAUCAGCCAAAAGUUCGCGAACGACGUGGUUCUAUAGCAAAGUCUGUACAGAGUGAAUGGCUACCUGAACGCCGGGACUCAACAGACGAACUGGGAGAAGGUAAUGAAACCUUAAAGAGAUCUCAAGUAGACCCACCAAAAACAAGCCGCAUCUAUUCGGAUCUUGAAUCAGAGGGAUCCGGGGCACGAGCUCUGGUCCAGGCUAAAAUUCAACAGAAACUACAAGAAGCCGAUCAGCACAAGGCCAAAAAGGCCUCCCAGCACAAACACAAGCCAGAAAUGAAAGAUGAAAACACCCAAGCAGCUGCCGUAGUGCAAAAAGUUGCACCACACGCAGCUGCCAAAGAAGAAAGCGCCUCGGAAUAUGAAGAGAUUGUGGAGGAGGUUACCGCCACAGAGAGUGAGCCAGAGCAGGCACAGCCCAGCCAACCAGAUAAUAUUGAAGCUGAUGCUGAGGCCGAUGAACUAGGUCCACCACCUUCUACGCCAGAUCAUGAAUGGGAAUGUGAAUUUUGUACUUUUGUCAACGAACCAAAUAUUAAAAUUUGUUCCAUAUGCUGCAAGACGCCCUCUAAGCCGCCACAGCCUACAAAAAACGCAGUUAAAACAGAAUCCAAGCCCGUGCCUCAUGUAGAAAUACCUAAGCCCAAAGAAAUUGUUAAUCAAAAACAGCAACCACAGACAAAUGUAGUGAGAAAACCCUCCAUUAAAUCCUCACAGAAGCCCACAGAGAAAAUUGCUAGCCCGGCAAAGACAAAGUCCAGUGCCACGACAUCAACUGCAACUGCAUCAACCAGUACAGCAAAAAAACUCUCGUCUCCACCAAAGCCAACACUGAAAACUUCAUCGGAAAAUGAAAGCGAUAACUCUUUGGCCAAGGGGUUCCUGCAUAAAGAAUCCGUUGAGAAUAUUUGGAAUACACUAGAUGAGAGCAUUCAAGCCCAGGCCGAACAGGUUUUAAAAAAGGCCCAAAAAGUGUCUACUAGUUGUGGUGGCACCCCACCUAGAGAGAUACCAGUUGAGAAACCAAUUGUGGACACAUCCCGCGAAAUGGGCACCUCGCCACCACCUCAAAGCAUAUCGACACAAACCUAUGAGGCUCUACCUCUUAGCCCACAAGUGGAGAGCCCAACUGUAAGCAAUGCCACAGUUGUACGGGAAUCUCCAGGAAAAAUGGAGCGACGUCCUCAUUAUCGCAGUAAUUCACAAUUGCCACAGGAGCAUGAACGCUAUCGCAGUGCCAACGAUUUGAGAUAUGCCAAUGAAGGCUUCGGCAUGGACUACUACGGCAAUUCCGGUCAAGUGACUAGACGGCCAAAUUUCAUUAACGAUUUGAGGUUGCUUCAGCAUCAAACUUCUUCACCCUUCGAUAUGCCUGUGGAACCGUCAUUUAAUCUCAAACAUGAACCAGCUCGAGAUCCGGAAACAGAAAUGCAUAUCAUUCUAAAAGAGCUUGAGCUGUAUAAGUUUACGGUAGAGGAAUUGGAAGCAGCUCUCAAGUAUUGUGCACCCGAUACACAUCCGAUUCAGUGGCUCAGAGAGAAUUGGCACAAGUUGAUCCAAACAGUGCAGAGUCUGUCAACUAAAUAUGGUCAGGAGAGAGGUGAAAAUACCAUAGGAAGCAUAUCACAAAAUGAAGCACGCGAAGCCCUGAGAUGUUCCAGUGGAAAUGUCUGGCAGGCUGUAGCGGAUUGCAUACAACAGAGGCAGCAAAAGUAUCGCAGACUCGCAGCGAAGGGUAACUUUCUGCGGGACGACAUUGUGAAUGCUCUAACAGCACAUCAAGGUAAUGUGGAGCAGGCUCUUUUGGAAUUGAAUCGUACACAGCUUAAACCAUUUCUAAUGCGCAUCUGGGGCUCACCAAAUGGCGUGGAGAACGAGAGUGUUCCAGCCAUAGAUAUGAAAUCGGAUAUUCAUGAUUUUCUCAACACUCACGCUUUGGAUUGCUUGCAAAUGCCACAUGGAGCUGGCGAAAGUCCUAGUCCUGGUCCCGCCUUUGCCAAUCAUCCAUUUGACGACAAUUCCAGUCCUUCAAAGUCUUCUUAUGCCACACCAAGUCCCUAUCAAUUGGAGGAUAGUACUUUGAAAAAUCUUGAGAUUCUAAUUGGUAAUAUGGAGCAGAAUCAGGCCAAACAGAAUCAAGAGGUUUUGCGUUCGAUUGAGACUAUGUUGGAAACAUUCAAAGGUAAACCAGAUCAGGAUUACGAAACUGAUCCGGAGGUCAUGCGUAUUCUCACCAAAAGUCCUAUAAGUGCAUCCAGAAUAUCUGCUGUAAUUGACGACAAGUCGACAGAGGAUGUAAAAAACUUUGUGUGGCAACACAUACAAGAUAUUGUACCCAAUUUGGUGCAACAAGUUGAACAGGAGCUCAAGGAACCCUCCCCUCUGAAAGAACCCGAACCCCAGCCUGAACCAGAAGUCAUUAGCACUCCAGCAGUCGAUCCAGAAGUAUAUAUAAUGGAAGAGGUCAUCAAGCCAAACUUGAAAGAGGCAAAUAUUAAAGAAGAAGUGCCAAUUAACUUUAUUUACGCCACUGAAAUAGCAAACUUUAAAUUGGAAUUCGAUCGUGGUAACGAAAAGUGGCACGAAUCUGAAUGGGAACCAUUUGAUUUAAAGCAUGCUGAACGUGUUGUUUACAAGAGCUUCACGGCUCCCAAAGCAAAAAUUGUCGAAGCAGUUAAAGAAAGUAUUUCCCAAGAAACUAUCCCACAGAAUGAACACCCAAUUAGUGCUGAAAGUGAUCAACAAAUAAUUCAAAAUCAAGAAACUACAGAUCCUUUGAUUAAAUCUACCAAUGUAGAAAGAGAACAGGAAACAAUCAACUUGGAUAAAGUUGCAGAAGAAAAAAUAAAGUUAACUAAAUCGGAAAAUUCAGCCAAUAAUGAAGUGACUAAUAAAAUCAUACCAACAACCACGGAAACAGCGUCUUCUAGUGAAAUAUUGACCAGUAAGGUCUUACCAACAACAACUGAAAAGGCAACUUCUAGUGAGACAUUAGGGCAGACCACAAAGACGGACAUUAAAAAAGACAUAGAGAAGAUUACCGCUGAAUCAGAAAGCAAAUUGGAAUCGACCGUAAAAAACACAAAUGAAGUCGCUGAGACUACCACUAAAGAAAUUAAGCAGAUUCUGCCAACUGAGCCUGUAGAGAGAAUUGCACAAGAAACUACCGAACAACCACCAGUUGAAGUUUUGGACGAGAAACCAAGCACAAGUAGAGAAGCUGUUAGGAGAAAUAAACGAUCACAGUUACCCAAAAAAGGAAGAACACGUGAUCAUAGUCAAAAGCCCACAAAUCGCGUAAAACUCCCCAAAGAAGUUGAGACUGCAAUAGAUACAAAAGAUUCAACUUCAGUGGCCACAUUAAACAACGAUAACAAUUUAGCUGAACCUGCAGUUUCUGCAAGUAAAGUUGUCGCAGAACCCUCUUCGAAUCCAAUUGAAGAUAUCUCUAAGGAACAGGUUAUAGAAUCCAAAAUUGACGAACUUGCACAUGAACCAGUUGCGGUUGAAGUUGACACAUCUGAUGAACAAAGUAAAUUCAAUAUACAAUUGACUUUAGAAACAGCUGAGGCUGAAAAAUCUAAAAUUCAAAUCGUUGAGAAGACUGAGUCUAUAACAGAACCCCUUAAGACUGUGGAGAAUGAAGCGAUUAUUGAACAAUCAUCAAAUAAUUUAGGCUCCAGUACUAACCUCUUAGAACAGCCGGAAAUUCUUGGAACCAAUGAUGAACCAAUUGUUGAAGAAACUACAAAUAAUAGUACAAAUAAUAUCUCUGUAGAACAAACGGAAACUCCUCGGAAUGAUGAACAAUUUGUUGUAGAAACUACAAAUAAUAAAGCCUUGAAUUCUACAUCUUUAGAACAAAGAGAACCUUUUGAGAAUGAUGAACCAAUGGGUGUAGAGCCUUCAAAUGAUGAAGCCUUUAAUAAUAGCUCUGUAGAACAAACGGAAACUCUUGAGAAUGAUGAACAAUUUAUUGUAGAAGCUACAAACAAUAAUGCCUUAAAUACUAGCUCCUUAGAACAAACGGGAACACUUGAGAAUGAUGAACAAAUUGAAAUAAUUGAAGAACUUAAUGCCCCAGUUGAUGCAAAAGAAUCUAAUACGAUUGUACCCGAAGCAUCAAAAGAAGAAGUUACAAACGCAAUCGAACCUGCCACAAACAAGAUCACAGCGGAGAAUAAACGCAGCCCUAAACGAUUCUCUAAAAUACCUGUGAGAACUUUAAGUACUAACAGUCUACGUAGUGAAAGCAGGACCGAGAAUCUAGUAUCCACAGAAGCGGAUGAACUGGAGAGCGAUGGGGUUACUAAAACAGAAGAGGAGCCAUCUUCGACUACAACAGAAACUGAUGUUGUUAUAAGUCCUGUUGAGUCAGAGGAAAUCUUUGAAGAUGCUGCAGAAUUUAGUGGCGAAGAUGCCGAACUUUAUAGUUUAGAUAGUGAUGAGCAGAGAAUUGAAGUAGUUCAAUCACAAUCUCCACUUCCAGCAGAAGAUUCUGCCCUGGAAUCGAUUAUACCCAAGUCCACAAGCAGUGCAUCCGUUGACUCCCACUCAAGUCAAUCGGAAUCGCCUAAAGUGGUUCAACUUAAAGAGUUCAUACCAUCUGGAGAUCCUUCCAAGCAGAAUCUUAGUGAACUCGUAGAAGACACUCAGCGUUUGAUCAAACAAAUGCGUGAUGAAAUUAGCAUGGAUGACUUCGAGUCGACCGAUGAAGAUGAAUAUUCCGACGAAUACUCCGAUGACAUGGAGUGGUAUGACAGUGAAGGGGAAGAGGAGGAGGAAGAAGAGGGUGAGAUGGACGAGGAUGAGAGAACGUCGUAUAUUGAGGAUGCCUCCACAGGUGAUGAAGCAGAAGGCACUGAAAUUGAGGACAUUAUCGAAGAAGAUGAAGAGAACGAAGAAGAGCACACAGCAACACAGAAUCCCGAAACAGUCAUGACUAGCUCAUCUGUCACUCUCGCCAAUCAACCAAUUGCAAGUGAUACAAAUGCAACAAAUGAAAUCAUUUCUUUAACAGGAAGUGAAGCAAACGAAUCAACUGAAACUGCUGUCAUCCCGGAUGUUGGGGUAAUACAAGCUGAAACACAUUCAGUUGUUGCAGACGUUCCCGAAAGCUCAACAGAGGCAAUUGCUGUUGAAGAUGUCAUGGAUGUAGAGACAGAAGAUCCAGUCGAAGUACCCACUCCCCUACCCCUUACCCCAGCACCACCCAUAAUUGAUUCCGAGUCCCGACCGAUGGAACUGCCAGUCGAAACAGUAUUGGAAGAGCCCAAAAAGGUAAAAGCCUCUUCUCCAACAAAAACAAGCAGCAAACAGAAGACACUCACUACAGAACCAGUAGCCAGCACCUCCACUCAAAGUCCCAGUACAAUUACACCCAAGACUGGCAAGUCCUCGAUAAGUAAGAUACCCAAACCCACUACAAAUGAGACACCCAACACCACAAACAGAAAACUACCGCUGCGUUCCAAGUCCUUUUCGGCUCCCAUGGGUAUAUCCUCGGUGAAGCGUAUGCAGCAGGAGUAUCUCCAAAAGCAGCAAAGUAUUAAGAGUACCGCGGUACCAGUCGCAUUAUCCAGUCGUGUUCCUCUGAGAAGCAGCCCAGCAGCAAAGAAGUCCAUCACAGAGGCCAUCAGUCGUUUUAACACGCAGUCCCAACAAGAUGGUCCCUCAACAAGUGGUGCAGCUGCAGCAGCGGCCUUGCUUAAACCUCGUUCUCAGCCCCGUAUUCCCAAAAAGAAAUACCACGAGACAUGUUUCUCUGAUGAUGAUUACGAGACCUCAGCCACCGAGGAAGAAGAUCACGAAGACGCUGCUGAACCUUUGAGGGCAGAGUUGCUUAAGCGUAAACUCAGUAUGCCUGUAUUUCGGGCAUAUGCCAGCCUUCAAGAGCCAGUUAUAGAGGAACCAGCGGUUUUGGCCAGAAAAUAUGUGGAAAUGGAGAAGGUUUCCAAUUUGGCAGAAGCUCAAAUCGCUGCCACUUUGGUCAAUAUGAAAUUCCAAGAAGAUGUUGCCUUAUGGGCAGCCAAAGAAUGUUCCGACUUGGACCAAGCGAUUGCCAUGCUGCAGCAGGAUUGUGAAUUGUGUAUGAAUACCUAUCCAAUGAAUCAAAUUGUAUCCAUGCUAAAGUGCACCCACAAAUGCUGUAAACAAUGCGCCAAAACUUAUUUCACAGUGCAGAUCACCGAUCGCUCUAUCAAUGAUUGCAAUUGCCCAUUCUGCAAGUUACCAGAACUUAGUAACGAAGUGGAACAUGAGGAUGAGCACCUCGAGUAUUUUUCCAAUUUGGACAUCUUUCUCAAGAGUAUCUUGGACAAUGAUGUCCAUGAAUUGUUUCAGCGCAAACUGAGAGAUCGCUCUCUCCUACAAGAUCCCAAUUUUAAGUGGUGUAUUCAAUGUUCGUCGGGCUUCUUUGCGCGACCCAAGCAGAAGCGUUUGAUAUGUCCAGAUUGUGGAUCAGUUACCUGUGCCCAGUGUCGUAAGCCCUGGGAGCGACAGCAUGAGGGUAGCACCUGUGAGGCAUAUUUGGAGUGGCACCGAGAGAAUGAUCCCGAACUGCAGGCACAGGGUGUGCAGGAACACUUGGCUCAGAAUGGUAUCGAUUGUCCCAAGUGCAAAUUUCGAUACUCACUUGCAAGGGGCGGUUGCAUGCAUUUCACUUGCACUCAGUGCAAAUUUGAAUUCUGUUACGGCUGUGCCAGACCCUUUAUGAUGGGCGCCAAAUGUAAUAUCUCACCGUAUUGUGCCAAAUUGGGUCUUCAUGCCCAUCAUCCGCGGAACUGUUUGUUUUACCUGCGCGACAAAAUUCCCCUGCAAUUACAAUUCUUGCUCAAAGAACAAAAGGUUAAAUUCGAUACAGAAGCCAAAGAAGAUGUAAAGAAUGAGCCGAGCAGUUCUAGAAAGGCUAGAGCAUCGGCCAAGUGUCCCAUACCAUUACAAAAAGAGACUCCUCAGGGUCUAGUGGAUACAGUCUGUAAUAGCGAAGUACCGGAUAAACAUGCGGGCAUGUGUCGAACACACUACGUAGAGUAUUUGGCUGGCAAAGUGGCGAAAGCUGGCAUCGAUCCUUUGCCCAUUUUUGAUCUAACCGAUUGUGUUCAAGAGCUGCGCCGACGAGGCAUUGCCCUGCCAGAACGUGGCCCCUGGGAUACUGAUGAGAUCUAUAAGAAUAUGUGCAGUGAGGUAAUCAAACAGCAUAUACCAUUAAAAUCGGCCUGAUGUGGUUAAAAUGAUGAAGAUGAUGGGGAAUGAUGUAGCUGGGAAGGAUAACGCCACCGACCGCCCGUUCGACUGUUGCAAUUUUUCAUAAUUUUUUUAUGAUUUAUGGCAAACAUUUUUA